AAAACGGGAAAUUGCGCAUGCGUAGUCCUGCUUUUCUGGGUCUGGCGACUUCUGGUCGGAUGGUGGGAUGUUGCGGGUAGUGAGGACAUGCCGUUCAGGGUACUGGCAAAGGGGGAUCACCACUCAACAGUUUCCAACUGCUUCUGAUAUGCCAAUAAAGCUAGAAAAUCCUUACAAAGUGCCUCCCAAGAAGUGCAUUUUGUGUGGCAUUUCAGUGGAUUACAAGAAUGUACAGCUUUUAUCCCAGUUCAUCUCUCCAUAUACAGGUCGUAUUUUAGGCAGACAUAUAACUGGUUUGUGUGGAAAGAAACAAAAAGAAAUUUCUAAGACCAUCAAAAAAUCCCAGCGGAUGGGAUUUAUGUCGGUGACUUUGAAAGACCCAGCUUUUAUAAAGGAUACAAACAUUUGUGAUUACAAACUGUGGGAAUAAUGUAUUAAUCAUAUGAUGUUUUGCAAUUAUAUUCCAAAAAUAAACUAGAUUAAAUUAA